CGGCCGCCCGGGCGGACCCGGCGAGAGGCGGCGGCGGGAGCGGCGGUGAUGGACGGGUCCGGGGAGCAGCCCAGAGGCGGGGGGCCCACCAGCUCUGAGCAGAUCAUGAAGACAGGGGCCCUUUUGCUUCAGGGUUUCAUCCAAGAUCGGGCAGGGCGAAUGGGGGGAGAGACACCCGAGCUGGCCCUGGAGCAGGUGCCCCAGGAUGCGUCCACCAAGAAGCUGAGCGAGUGUCUCAAGCGCAUCGGAGAUGAACUGGACAGUAACGUGGAAUUGCAGAGGAUGAUCGCAGCUGUGGACACAGACUCCCCCCGCGAGGUCUUUUUCCGAGUGGCAGCGGAGAUGUUUUCUGAUGGCAACUUCAACUGGGGCCGGGUCGUUGCCCUCUUCUACUUUGCCAGCAAACUGGUGCUCAAGGCCCUGUGUACCAAGGUGCCCGAGCUGAUCCGGACCAUCAUGGGCUGGACACUGGACUUCCUUCGAGAGCGGCUGCUGGGCUGGAUCCAGGACCAGGGUGGUUGGGACGGCCUCCUCUCCUACUUUGGGACACCCACGUGGCAGACAGUGACCAUCUUUGUGGCCGGAGUGCUGACUGCGUCACUCACCAUCUGGAAAAAGAUGGGCUGAGGCCACCAGCUGCCUUGGACUGUGUCUUUUCUGCAUAAAUUAUGGCAUUUUUCCGGGAGGGGUGGGA